AUGGGUAGCCUAUCAAGUUUAGAGCCUCGUCAGCGUUUGGAUCUCCCGGAUACUCCGCCUGAGCUGGCGAGCCCGGGCGCUUCGUCACUAUCUUCUCGGUCUUCACCAUCAACAGAGCAGGCCUGGAUUCACCGGAAUAUAGCUUCCCUCCCCAUGUCCAAUUAUGACAAGGCUAUUAGUGCCGACACAUCGACGGCCACUGGUGAGAAGGAUACCAGUAAAGACCGAUCGGAGUCGAGCAACGUUUCCUCUUCACGGCAGCAACUGCCAUCCUUACACAGUCUUUUCGGGCCACCGUCUUCCAUCCGUUCUCUUCAUUCUCCGUCCGAAAGAGAUACACCGUAUCUUGCUCAGUCACCAGUUGACCGAUCCCGGAUAUCGCCAGCUGCCGGAAACAGUAGUGCUUCAUAUUUCCCCCCGACGGCCUCUCCUCCAGUUUCACAACCUCGAACCACAUAUGAUUCACGUCUAGAUGCCCACUCUCUGGCUCGCUCUUACUCUGGACCACGAUCUCCAAAAUAUUAUGAGCAACACCGCAGCAGGUCUGACUCUAGAGCCGAGUCUGAGAGCAGCAAGUGGUCAGUCCAUCAAGAUGUCAGCCGACAUGAGUAUUCCUUAGGAUCAAGGGAUGCCACAUUCCAGUCACCAGAGGGCCGUGCACGGACUCAACUGCCCGGAUCAAAAGAUUCUGCCAGAGAUUAUUCUGCUCAACGAACAACACAAUCUAGCUCCAGUGCGCCGCCUACUCCGGAAGGCUCUGCCGCUUCAGAAGGGGUGCCAACGAAGGAUGGCCUUGGCCCGAAGAUUUGGACGGGAACGCACUUCCUACCUCGGUUUGUUCGGGCCGGUGAUGUUCCGGGAGAAGGCAUGUGCUAUUUCUAUGACGACGGAAGCCACUGCAAGACCGUGAUCGAUGGUGAGGCCGUGAACGCCCACUGGGGUGUGACCAAAGCCGGCAAACCUCGAAAGAGGUUGGCAAUAGCCUGCAUUACCUGCCGCGAGAAGAAGAUUAAAUGUGACCCCGAUUAUCCGAGAUGCGUUCAGUGCGAGAAAUUUGGGCGUAUCUGCAAAUUCAAAAAUGCGCCAAGGGGCGGGCACAAUACAUCGCCUUCUACUCCGCCUGCUGAACUCGAUGAUAAGCGAAAGAUGGUGGGAUCGUCGAGACAGAAUGACGGGACACUCUCAAUCAGUGGACCGACGUCUCCAGUUUCACCACGUGUUGUUCUGCAGCAACCUUCUCCAGAAACGGGCCACAGCAACAAGAGGCUUAAGAUUGGUUCUGAUGCAUAUUCAACAAAUGGCGAGCCAUCAGUGGCAACGACCAAGCCGAUGGAUCACUCAAAGUCUUCGCUGUCCACUCAACAAUCAUCCUCGGAGCUGCCUCGAAUACCUGAUGAUGUGCUGCAUAAGGCAUGGAGGACGGAUCCCUAUGUGUCCGACCCCCAGUCUAUUAGCACGGUUCUGUCGCAAUUCUUUGGCCACAUCGACAAUGCUAUUGUUAUUCGGUUCCUCCCCGAGGACAUCUUCAAGUCGUGGGUAGCCAGCUCUGUCCAUCGAAAGUCGCCAGACGACAUGAUGCUCUUAUACAGUGUCUUGGCCAUUGGCGUCGCCUUGUCUGGCGGUCCUAGGCAUAUUGCUUUUGAGUAUGCACAGGUCGCUUAUUAUGCUCAAAAGACUUCAACAACGCCCUCUCUUCAUUUGGUUCAAUCCAGAAUCCUCUUAGCCCUGUACAAUGUGGCUGCUUCUCGAUUCUGGGAGGCCAACGAACUCGUCUCCUCUGCAGCUGCCACAGGCGCUUGCUUGCAACUCAGUGAAGAAAUUGAUAAAUCAAAAGACGCUAACCUGGUCGUGUAUCCCUUUGGCAUGACUCGAACAUGCUAUGCAGAGACAAGACGGCGAACUUUGUGGUCGUUGUUUAUGCUGGAACGACUAAGUCCGCUGUUCCCCGAGAGGCCGACGAUGAUGCACGCUGAAGAUAUUUACAUUCGACUUCCAUCUGAUUCAGAGAGUUUUGAGAAGCAACUAGAUGCGCGGAUGCCCAUGUUCAACCCGUAUGAAAGCAGCUUCAACGAUUUCAGCGAGAAGCCUUCCGAUAUCACAAGCCAUCUAGUCGAGAUAGUCCACAUUUGGUCAUCUUGCCAAUCGACAAUUCACAGAUUAGCCAGCAGACCCAAUGGGUCCGACGCCGAAGGCUUACGGGUCCGCACUCUUACCAAGACAGUUCACGACUGGCACUCCGCGCUCCCAUCGCGACUGUCUUUUGGUGCCUCUAAUCUAGAGUCGGCUGCAUUUUCCGGAAAGGUCGGAUCAUUUCUGACUAUGCAUCUUCUUUGCCAUCAUGCUCUUAUCCAACUAAACCGAUAUCAUCUGUCCGUUGGUAAACUGUCUGCUGAAUAUCGUUCAAGCCACUUUCAGGAGUGCCGGGACAACGCGAGAAGUAUUAUUGAAGUUGUGGGUUGCCUGGAUCGCCUCUUGCGUAUUCGACCAACUAUUCUAAGUACGCCUCCACCAGCAAUGGACAUCGCCGUGAUCACUGCCAUGGAUGUUUUGACUUCAAGUGGACCUCUGAGCGCCAUGCACGAAGUGAUCGGCAGCAUGCGAAUUGCCACAACGACAGUGGAUAGCUGUGCAAACAUUUGGGAGCACGCCCGAACUUCUCAGAUGGCACUGGACCAGCGACUCCAAAAGCUGUAUAGAAUUCGGGACCAGGGCUCUAGAGAAAGGUCCUUUGAUGACGUUUGUGUCAGCAACUUCGCUAGCAAUGGAACUGAGCAACCUCACUGGCAGAUCCUCCGUCCUUUAGAGCGGACAUAUCCCAUUGAUAUGGAUGUGGUCUAUUGUUCACCAAAUUAA